CCUUGGACUUCUUUGGACGAACAAUCAUCCUAGCACCAACUCACCUCGCUUCCGAACUUCCAAUUUCUAUUUUCGGUCGACUUACACGCAACCAAAUGACUGCAAAGUGCAUCAAGCCAUGAUAAACACAGUCAAGCUUGGGUGUCUAGUAGGCGUGCUGAGUCUAGCCAUCAAUGGACCUUCCAACAAAUAUCUCUUUGUUUCUCAAGUGAGAAAUAUAGAAAGUCACAUUCCACCUCUCUUACUGUUUCGUUCUCCCAAUUUCCAGUCCAUUAACACCAUUACCAUCAUGGCCAUGUACGGCAGACUGCAGCGGUCGCUGACCAUGAGACCAGUCACCUUCGAAUACAGCUCCGAAGACCUAGAACUACCACCCUCGAACUACAGAAGCCACUUAAAGAGAGCACAUACAUUCGACCCAGUCAUGAAUAACCACAUCCAAGAUGCCCCGGCGGCGGAAAGGAAUUCCCUGGGGAAAGACACAGGAUUUCCCGAACCAUUAUCAAUAGACAGGAACACCACCCUCCCUCACCCCGAAGCGGACACCUCCCCGAACGCGUCCAUGUCCGCGCCGGACGACGACCUCUCCCGGACGUACAGUCGUCGAUCGUUCCUGGGCCGCUACUCGUCGUCUCGCCAGAAAUCCAGCAGUUUCGACGCCAAGGACCUGGAGAAGUCUGGCUUGUAUGAUAAUAUAGAGUAUGCGGAUGGGAGCAGGGAGGAGAAGUACCAGGGCGGGGAGGAGUCCGGGAAGGGCUCGUCGGAAGGGGGGUCGUCCAUGGAUAUGGAUGGGAGUUGGGAGAAGGGAAGCGGGAGCGGGAGGAGGAGGUCUAGUGAUGGGGAGAGGAAGGGGGGGUUUUUUGGGAGGUUGGGGUUCUUGUGAUGAAUGGGGUUUGGGAUAGAGGAAUAGAAUGGAGACAGAGUGAAAGAAAGGAAAGGUUGUGGUAAUUCUUGCGUGGAGUUUUAACGGUAUGGGAAUAGGGAACAGGGCGUAUGGACAAAUAUUGAUAGUGAGGCUUGGAGAAAGCAUCAUCAACUCAAUAUGGUUUCUUGUCCCUCUGCAAAUGAAUAAAAAGUUGAUAAAUGAACAAAUCCCCAACACCAUGUGUUCGUGUAUUGCCAGACCUAUUCGGAAGCCUAGCUUCCUGUGUAUAUCGUGAAGCAGUACGGACCGAGGAGAAGAGAGGACAUAGAAGUGUUUGCCUUUACGAACCAAGAAAGAGAGUUCAGCGAUCUGCGCAAGGAGACAGACACAGGAGGUUUUAAAGGGCAGUAGGAUGUGGACCGGCUAAGGUCGGCCCGUUGUAGUGAUCAGGGCGUCCAUUGUGGAGGCGGGUUUCUGGUGUUCUUGCGGCGGUAGGGGCGAGAGUCAUUCGUGGGUGGUGGUCUGGUGUGAGGAGAGGAUAGAGACGCGACUCUAUAGGUUAGUGAAGAGUACGUGGCUACUCUAUUGGCGUUUGAUGGCUGUUGUACGUGGCUGUUGGUGUUUGAUGAUAUCAAACGAGGUGGUCGGGCUUGUCCUCCAGCGAUUCGUGUUCCAGUGGGUCUGGGCUCAUUCCAUGAGAGUGAUGGAAAUCUUGGGUAGCGAGUUUAGAGAUUCGAAGUCCACCAUCCGAUGUCCUCCUCCAGGACCGCCACCCGUUCACUCCACUGCA